AUGAACAAUUAUAACAAAAACAAAAAUCCUAAGUUAUCUUGUUGUUAAACCUUUCUCUAGAAAAUCAAAUGUUGCUUUGCCAAAAAAUAAUAAACCCAACUACAUAUAACAAACAAUAAGUAUCAUUCUCCCUUUGCUUUCUAUGGAAUGCCAGGUUCUUUAUGUACAGCCAAAGUUACUUUACAUAAUUUCCUUCUUAAAAAGUUAGGAGAAAAAAUUAAAAAUACUUCCAAAGAAAUACAUUCAAUAUUCAUUAAUAGAUAAUCACUAAGUCCUUAAUAAUUAUAAGAACUUAUGCCUUAUAUAUUUCCAUAUAUGCAUGAAUUGAUAAUAACCGAUGAAUAAUUAAAAUCAGUUCUCCCAUUUUGUGUUACAUAAUAUUUGGCUAAACGAGUAACUUCAUUUACUUAGGGGUUAAUAGUAGAUGCAAUUACUGGACCUGGAAACUUAUCAAUUGAAAUUGCUUAAUUCAAUGCGAAGCAAGUAGAUUCCUAUUCUAUUGAUCAAAAUGACAAUGCCAAAUAUAAUAUUUAAUAAUUUCACUAUUACUCCUAACAAAAACAGAACAUAUACUUAACUUCAUUUUUAGAAAGACAAGAAAAAGCAGAUGCAAUAAUUAUUUAGUAUCAAUAUCUCAACCAUUUUCAACUUGAUUCUCAGCUAUAUUAAUAUUUAACUAAGGCUUUCUAACUUUCAGAAAAUAUUGUUCUUGUAUUACCUUCAAAUAUAUAACCAAAUGAUUUAUGUUCUUUUCUGAGUCCUUUUUCACAUACAAAUCAUCAUAGUUUCAGGCAACUAGAAAUCCAAAAGAUAAAUAUUGGAGGUCUUCCAUUAUGUUAAAUCAUAUAUAUUGGAUAUAUUUAAGAUGAAGUAUAAUAUAUACACUAUAUAAACCUAGGAAAUCCUGGAAUAACAAUUAAGAAAUUGUUAUCUUAAAGGAUUAUUGGCAGAUCAACCUAAUCUUGAUGAGAAUUCAAUCUUUAAUUAUUAGAAAGCACUUAAUGAUGUUAUCGCUGAAAUCGGUAUGUAAUAAACAUUACUUUUAAUUGAAAAAACAUUGGCAUCCAAAACUUAAUUAGACUUUUCUAUUGAACUAUUCUUUUAAUAGAUUGUCUAACUAAAUAUUGUUUCUAAAGAAAAUAUAAAAAAUCAAUUAGAAUUUUCCAUCUCUGAUCAAACCCCAACAUUAAAUCAUCCUUUGUUAAAUGCUCGUCAAUCAAGUUUAUCUAAGAAAUAAAGCUCUUUAAGAAUAAGCUCUGAUCUGUCGAAGCCUUCAUAUCAAUAAAGUAAAUAUAAAGUGUUCAGUUUUCAAAAUAAAACAGUUGAAUGA